AUGGGGACGAACGGGGUAGACAAGCAGGCGCAGCCGUCUAGCGGCGUGUCCGGGACGGAGCAGUCCGCCGCGGGUUCCCCGGACGAGCAGGGCGAUGCUGCCAAAGAUACAGGGCGGGAGAAGGAUGACUUUUCACCGGAGAGUGAGCAUAAACUGCCCCAGGAGGACAGCACAGUACAAUUGAUCGAGACUGGAUGCAAGCUGAUUCCACCCCCGGCUCUUGAACCUGAUACGACGGAGCGGAACGGCGGAGGAUUCGUUCCGCCUGAAGGUGGUUUUGGCUGGCUGGUGGUUUUGGCAGCCACCUGGUGCAAUGGGUCCAUCUUCGGGAUUCAGAACUCUUUUGGCAUCCUGCAUAUGAUGCUGGUGAGGGAGCAUGCAGACCCCGAGGACAAGACCUCCCAGUUCAAAGUGGCCUGGGUCGGUGCUCUUGCCAUGGGGAUGAUUUUCUUCUGUUCACCGGUGGUCAGCAUGUUCACGGACCACUUUGGCUGUCGUAAAACUGCCGUCAGCGGGGCGCUCCUGGCAUUCAUCGGAUUGCUGAGUACAUCUUUUGCAAACUCCUUGAGCCUCCGCUAUUUUACAUAUGGUAUACUGUUUGGCUGUGGAUCCUCCUUCGCGUUCCAACCGUCUUUGGUUAUCCUUGGCCACUACUUUCGCCAACGCCUGGGCCUUGCCAAUGGCGUGGUGACAGCAGGUGCUAGCCUCUUCUCCAUGGGUCUCCCGGUUUUGCUGAACAAAGUAGUGGAGCCACAUAGACUUAGCAGAACCUUCCAGAUCCUCAGCGUCUUCAUGCUGGUGCAAGCCUUCCUGGCGCUAACAUUCAAGCCAUUGCUUCCUGCUGGACCUCGCAUGGGACCAACAGGCACCGCUGAGUCGCAAUCCCAGGCAGGGGUGACUCCUCAGAAUGGGAGUUGGUGGAAUAAGGCAUUGGUGGGGGUCAGAAAAUACUUCAACCUGCGAGUAUUUCGCAUCCUCACUUACCGUGUGUGGGCAUUCGGAGUUGCUACAGCUGUACUGGGCUACUUUGUGCCUUAUGUUCAUCUGAUGAACUUUGUGGACGAGCAGUUCAAGGGGACCAAGAAAGAAUGGGUACUCCUUGUGUGUAUCGGAGCAUCAUCAGGGGUGGGGCGUCUCACUUUCGGCAAAGUUGGGGACCUCAUUCCGGGCCUGAAGAAGAUCUACAUGCAGGUGGUAUCUUUUAUAGCCCUGGGCCUCAUGUCCAUAUUGAUCCCUCAGUGUUCUCUCUUUGAGGAGCUUGUGGUCGUUUGUGUAUUUCUGGGACUGUGUGACGGAUGUUUCCUGACAAUGAUGGCUCCCAUAGCAUUUGAGCUGGUUGGGCCUAUGCAGGCGUCACAGGCCAUAGGAUAUCUCCUCGGCCUCAUGUCUCUUCCAAUGACUGCUGGUCCACCCAUUGCUGGUCUGCUUCACGACUACUUUGGGAAUUAUACGGUAGCCUUCUCUGCAGCUGGUGUUUCCCCCAUUAUUGGAGGCGUGGUGCUGUUCUGUGUACCCCUGAUACAGUGGCGAUUGGAGCGUGGCCAGACAGCAGCACCAGAAGAGACGACCACUCAAAUGUUGCCCAAUGCUCAACAGAUGCCAAAGAGCUGCUCCAAUGGAGACUCUCUGCCUGGCUACUCUGAUGCGGAGACACAUAUUUGA